GCGCUUCAGCUCCCUUUGUCAGGACCUUGAUGACGACCUUUAAACAUAACAUGACAAAUGAGCAGUGGACAAAACUGAACAUGUUCAGCGAACUCUUGGAGAGCGAGAACAUGUCGUCGGCGAUGUUUGCGCGCUGUAUGGAGUCGAAGCUGACAAAUAUUGAGACGAAGAUUAACAAACUCAAGUCCAAAUAUGAACCUUCAUUGCAUCCUACGGAGGUGAUCGUUAUAGAUGACGAACAGCCAAGUACUUCCACAGCAGCGUGGCGUAAUGCAAAUGGAGCCAAUAAAGGUAAGACUCAAGAGGCUAGCACUUGUGCAGUGCUGCCAAUUUGGAUUUUUUCCCGUCAAAACUGGCUUUUUUUGAAAGCUAAAUGCGGGAAAAUUUUGUGA